AUGAGCAAAGCAUAUGACAGGAUGGAAUGGUCAUUCAUAGAGGCUAUUAUGAGGAAGAUGGGUUUCUCGGAGGUAUGGAUUAGCUGGAUUAUGAGAUGCAUAACCUCGGUAAAGUACAAAGUCCUCAUGAAUGGGGAACCACGGGGAAACAUUACCCUAGAGAGAGGUUUACGACAAGGAGAUCCUCUGUCUCCUUUCAUAUUUAUUCUAUGCACGGAAGCGCUCGUUAACCUUCUUAAUCAAGCAGAGAAUCAAGGGAAGAUAACGAGGAUGAGAGCGGCACGCGCUUGUCCACCAAUAUGGAAGAGCGUCGGGCAAUGUAUUAACUUCGAUAAAUCUUCGUUGCUCUUUGGUAAGAGGAUUCCAGCAAAUGAGCGACAACUGAUUAAAGAUACACUUGGAAUACAAAAUGAAGGGGAAAUGGGAUCCUACUUAGGAAUCCCAGAGGAUAUCAGUGGGUCCAAGUGUAAGCUCUUUGCCUUCUUAAAGGACAAACUAUUACACAGAGUGAAUGGUUGGACGGGUAGAUGGCUCUCAAAAUGGGGGAAGGAAGUAUGGAUCAAAUAA